CUGGGGAAUGGCCCUAUAUGUGUCGGGAAUGUGGGAAGAGCUUCAGGAAGAGCACCAACCUCCUCAGCCACCAGCAUAUCCACACUGGAGAACGUCCCUACACUUGUAGGGUAUGUGGGAAGAGCUUCGGGCACAGCUCCACCCUGAUCCGCCACCAGCGCAUUCACACUGGGGAGUGGCUCUACACAUGUGGGGAAUGUGGGAAGAGCUGCAGGGACAGGUCUUACUUGCUCCGACACCAGCGCAUCCACACUGGGGAACGGCCCUACAUGUGCUUGGAAUGUGGAAAGAGGUUUCAGACCAGCUCCAAUCUCCUCGUGCACCAGCGGACACACACGGAUGAGAGGCCCUUCCGCUGCACCGACUGCGGGAAGGGCUUCAACCGGAACUCCCACCUCGUCACCCACCGGCGCGUCCACACCGGAGAGAGGCCCUACAAGUGUGGGGAGUGUGGAAAGAGCUUCUCUGACAGGUCUACCUUCAACAGACACCAAAGGACCCACCAGUAA